CUCAUUAUUAAACGAUUUUACCGCAUCCAUGUCGACGAAUGUGGGUUUGAUGUCAACUAGGUUGCCUCGGCGUUCGAUCCUAUCUCAUUCUGGUGUAAAAGUAGCACUUUUUUACAUAGAUUUUACAUAGAGAGACACUGAAUUUUCUCUCCGACGUCAAAGUAGCGUGCGAGUAAGAUGGCGGAUCGAUAGUACGACGAUUCUGAUUCGACAACGCGGCGCGUCACCAAACAGCGCACUCAAUCACAGCGCUCGUAACAUCGGCGUGGACCAAGAUGGCAGCUUCCUAUUUUAUUUCGUACAAGCUGAUCGUCUUCGAUAUUUUGCUCUUGUACAUUCUGCCCGGCGGAGUCGGCUUCCCCGACCACGUGACAUGCAACUACGUCGCACCCAGUGUCGACGAGGUCAUCGAUAAGGUCUACAUCGAACCCGAUCACGUGAUACGCAAGCGCAGCAUCGGCCAGCGUCUGCGAAUCAAACUCUACUACGACAAGAGCGUCGAUCGGCUGCCCGUCUUCAAGCAGGACGUCGUCAAGGGUUACCUGCUGCCGCACGCGACGCACUACUGGCAGCAGACGCUGAGCGUGCGCGAGACGGCGGCGGCGAUCAGGCUCAACCGCGCGUGCGCGGGCACGACGCACAUCUACAAGGGUCGCGAGCGCUUCUGCAUGGACGAGUGCGCGAAUGUGACGCGCUGCGGCGAGGUCGUCGUCCCGCGCGAGCACCUGCGCGAGUGCAACACGUGCACGCGCGGCACCAACUCGUGCCGCACCCUGGUGGCGGCGCCGGGCGAGCCGCCGGCGCGCGGCGUUGCCGACGCCGACUACAUCCUGUACGUGUCGGCCGUGCACAACCACCGCUGCGACAUCGGUACCACCGUCGCCUUCUCCGCCCACUGCCAGCUGGAGGCUGCGCUCGACCGCCCCAUCGCCGGCCAUGUGAACCUCUGUCCCGAGGCGGUGUCCGCAAAGCCGCAGGAGAUGGAGGUGCUGCUGUCGACGGUCAAGCACGAGAUUCUGCACGCUCUCGGAUUCUCGAUCGGCUUGUUUGCGUUCUUCCGUAACGACGACGGUAUUAUUAUAAUAGUUAUCAUCAGCAUUCUUAUUAUCAUCAGUGUGCGUCGUCUCGGCUGGAAGGUGCGGGGUCGUGAGAUCACGCGCACCGUGCAGCUCGUCGUGACCCCGCGCGUCCGCGCCGAGGCUCGCCGCCACUUCAACUGCUCCACACUAGAGGGCGCUGAACUCGAGGACCAGGGCGUCGAAGGCACGAAGCUGACGCACUGGGAGAAGCGCGUCUUUGAGAACGACGCGAUGACGGGCACGCACACGCAGAACCCGAUCUUCUCCCGCAUCACGCUCGCGCUCAUGGAGGACACGGGCUGGUACCGCGUCGACUACUCGAUGGCGCAGCCGCUCGCCUGGGGCCGCAACCUUGGCUGCGACUUCGUCAAGCGAAGCUGCAAGGAGUGGAUGGACACGCGGCCGGGCAACAUCCAUCCGUUCUGCAAUAAGAUAAAAGAGGACCCACUGGAGACUGACUGCACGCGUGACCGGGAGGCUGUUGCUAUCUGCAACAUCGUGGAGUAUCAGUCGGAGCUGAAGACCGAAUACCAGGUACGAGCUGUUAUACCAGGUAUGCCAGGUAUACCAGGUACGAGCUGUGAUCAUUACUACCCGUCUCUGCGUUGCAGGUUCACGUGCGACGCGGCGCGAGGUCUCAUCGUUCACAUACAGGAGCAGAGCUACCGCUGCCACCGCGCGGGACAGCGCAUCUACGUGCGCCAGCUGUUCAACGACUGGCUACACGAGGGCAGCAUCAUCUGUCCGCCGUGCGACGAGGUGUGCCAGCGCGUCGGCGUGCCGUGCCCCGCCGAGACGGACGCGCCCGCCGCGCGCACCGACAUGCGCAGACUCCAUUGCGGCGCCCCCGCGCUCGCACGCGUCGCCGCGGCAACCGUGCUCGUCGCCGUGGCGACGGCGCUGCUCGCGAGUUGAAGCUGAGCGCGCGGGUCAGUUCGUGCGUGACCCGGGGUCAGAGGUCGAUGCGAGGUCGCGGUGGCGGAGGAGCGGCGAUCGACGACGUCGAUUUUUAAGAAAUUUUUUAUUUUUUGGGGGGGUUUGGCCAGAGAGUCUGAGAGUGCUUAUCUAUUGGAUGUGCCCGGAGGCAAGCGCGAACACGCCGCUUGUUUCGUGGGUGCCGCGUGAACGGCACGUCGUUCUUUCAGGUUAUCGAAGUUUCAAAGUUUUCCGAUUUCUACACACUUGCACUGACAAGCAGAUCUGCACCAAUGCAGAGAUGUGCACCAACGCACAGAUGUGCACCAACGCACAGAUGAGCACCAACACACAGAUGAGCACCAACACACAGAUGUGCACCAAUGCACAGAUGAGCACCAACACACAGAUGAGCACCAACACACAGAUGAGCACCAACACACAGAUGAGCACCAACACACAGAUGAGCACCAACGCACAGAUGAGCACCAACACACAGAUGUGCACCAACGCACAGAUGAGCACCAACGCACAGAUGAGCACCAACGCACAGAUGAGCACCAACACACAG